UUUUUGACUAUAUGUCUUGAUCUAUUGAAAGAUAUAUUGUCUUAUUCAAUACAAGAGUAUGUAAUUGAAGACUUAUUUAAUGUCAAAUCAUCACAAACGAUAAAAGGCUUGAUCACGUUCACUAUCCACCACAAGUCCCCGGAAACGCUGAUAGUGGUGUUAAUGAACGACCCCAAGUAACAACUACCAGUUCUGAUUUCCUCUCAAGCUGCAUAUCCAAACAAUCAAAGCUGUCUCAAGAAGACAAAGAAAUGACAAAGCAGAUGUUUGAUAAAUUGGAUAAGAGCAAGAUGUGGAAGUUGUCUACUGGAACUGUGUUAGAAGAGAAGAUGAGAGAAUUUGCUCUCAACUGUUUAUAUGAACAGUAAGCGCUGCACAAUAUUUUUAGUCCCGUCCAUUCGAUGAUAUUGGAUUCAAGCGAUAUCAAUUGGAAAAAGUGCUUGACUGAUGAAGAGAUUGAUGAAAUUGAGAACUAUAAAAUGAAACAGCUUGUCAAGUUGCCUGAUGAUGUCAACAAAUAUAUUGAAUCUUUUCAGAAAGUUAAUGAUGCUGUUUCCCUGAAAGCCCAAUUGACUCAAGAAGUGCAAUGUCCAGCUUCUGAAUGGAUCAGAAGUACUCUUCUAGAGUAUAUAAAACUAUUCAAAUACAAACAUCUGCCAUUAACAGACCAAUCAGAAGGAGAUGUUCUUCAAAGAGUCUGGAUUUUUUUGGACACUGUUGUGGUGAUCUGAGCACUUUCAAUACAAAAUAUAAUAAAUAAUCU